GGAACCAUACAGAAAAUCUAUCUUGACUCACUUUCAGCUUUGGGAAAAAAACACUUCAGAUUUCCACCCAGUGUAAUCAGACACCUGCCUAUGUAUGGAACACCCUCCCCUCCUCCUGUGCAGACGCAAAGCCAUUAUAUCGGUGAUAUUAUUCACACAUCUGUCAUGUCAGGGAGCCGGGCAGUUACCUUAGUAAGUGGGUAAUUACAGGAGUAAACAGCUUUAUUGCUGUAUACACUGCUGCUGUUUCACUGCAGCAGUGUAUACAGUACAGUGUAUGGGAUGAGGAUGGGGAGAACACCUGGCCAGAAAGCAGAGGCAGACUUCUGUGGAAAUGCUGGCACCAUCCUAGGCACCAUCCAGAGGACUCUCAUCCCAGGGACCUUCCUCUUUAUCCUGGCUGUGGGACUAACUUUGAACAUGCCCGUCAUCUGGAUCCUCGUGUUCCGGGUGAAACGCUGGAACAGGAGCACUAUUUUCCUUUGUAACUUAGUUUUGGCUGACAUCACUUGGAUCUUAACCCUCCCCUUUCUGAUCUACUACCAUCUGAAUCAGCUGCAUUGGAUCUUUGGAGAUGCUCUUUGUAAGAUUACCAGGACAAUUUACCAUGUUUGCUAUUAUUGCAGCAUCUACUUUGUCACUUGUCUGAGUGUGGAUCGCUAUUUGGCUAUAGUGCAUCCGCUAAAGUCUCUGUGGUUGUUAAAUAAACAACAGUCACUACUGAUUUCCCUCUCCAUAUGGGCAGUAACUAGCUUGGCCAGUGUGCCAGUCCCCUUUGUUGCCAGCACCCAGAUAUGCCCAGACAACAAAACUAUUUGCUCUCUUUAUGUAUUUUCCAGCUCCACCUAUAUAACGCUUCCCUUUUCCAUGUGCUGCACGGUGGUUGGCUGCUUGCUGCCUUUCAUUGCUAUCUGUUACUGUUACUGCAGCAGUGUCAGGACACUGCAAAAGACUGGCCUUCAUCACUUUCAGAAAAGGGAUAAGCUCACCAAGCUCAUGUACUCUGUUCUGAUAAUUUUUGCACUCCUUUAUUUCCCUUACCACCUGUCAAGAAACACCUGCAUCUUCUUAAGAGCAUUGUGGCCCAAUGGCAAUAGGUCCAUUGAGAAUGCAGACACCGUGUUCUUUGUAGAGGUAGCAGUGUGUAGCCUUAAUACUUGCAUCAACCCUCUCUUCUGUUUCCUGGCAGGAGGGGAUUUUCGAGACCAGGUUUGCAAAAUAGCCUCCUCUUAUUGUCACACCAAAACCUGGAGGAGUCAACAGCAAAGGACAUCUGUGUACCCAGUAUAACUCCAUUCCCUCACAAAACUAAUUUUGUCAAGCUGAAAAUUAUGGGAAAAAUUUUAGCCCAAUUGAAGUCAACAGCAAAACUCCAUUGACUUCAGUUGUCAGGAGUUCACUGUUUAUAUAGUACCUUGGAGAUGCUUUGAUCUCUCAGAUUUGUAAGAACCAUUAACUUGGGAAAUUUAAUUCUGGAGAUGUGGGAGAUGGUUAUAAGCAAUAAAAUUAUUCAGGAAGUCCCAGAGCCUAAAAUUUGUGUGAAUCCUGGUUCCAUUUUAUUCAAAACACCAAAAAUUAAGGAGGUAGUGAACAGAGCUGGCUGGAAAAUGAACUUAAUGUCACAAAAAGUAUUACUAUUUCAAAAGGUUCAAAACGGAUCCUUUUUUGGUCAAAAUUGAAAAUGUUAACAAAAUGCUUACUAGCAUUUUUCACUUACCAGAGCCCCCAUUCUGAUGAACAAAUACGUUUGUUUAUUGAAUCUUGUUUUCAAUUUUGAUAUAAUUGCAAUAAAAUUUUCAAUACUUUUGAUUUUUUCAAAAAUAUUUUAAAAAUGUAAUUUUUAAAUGAAAACAAAAUUGUAUGUUGACCAUUUUUCAUAAAUUUUGUUUUGAGAACAGCCCAUCUUGCUACAAAAACUUUUCACUCAAAAAAUAAAAUACCUUGGGUAUAAGAAAAUGUCUGCUUCUGGCAAUGAUUUCAAAGGUUAAGGGGGAGAGAUGCUUGCAUUAUUUUUGCUCAUCUUAGAAAGUAGACAGGUU